AAGGGACUCUGCAACGCAGAGACGUCGGGGGCGUUUGGCGCAGACAGAUCCUCGGGUCCGGUGGAUCUUUCGGGGUUUUGCGGAGUUUGGGGCUAGUUUUUUGUUUUUUUCCUUCCCCCAGUCUGACCUGGAGUCCUGCUCCACUCUCCGGUCAGUUCACUCACGUGCCUGGUAACCACUUGCCAACUGGGGUCUGUUUGUGAACCGGCGCAUAUCCACACCCCUCCCUCUCCGUCCUGGAUGGCUCUGCUCGCGGCGACUUCUGCGCUUAGGCGAGCCGGGAGGGGCUGUCCGUUGGGGCACCCACCAACCCUGGGGCGUCCCCACGUUUCCAGCAAGGAACUCAAGAUCACACAACCAGCAGCUUCAGUGGAGAAAAACUCUUUUACUGGCAACCCUUUUUAAGGCACCAUCAUUUCAAAUCAGGGGCGCUUUUUAAAACUAUUGACAGGAGCUUUGACAACAAGACAGGAUGCCUCAGAAAGCGGGAAGACUUUAACAAGCGCUACGCAGAUGUGUGAGUCGUUAAAUUGCCAGAGAGGAGAGUCCGCUCAUAAAUCAGAAUCUUAUCCGCGAGCCACGUGGGAUCUUGCUCCAUCAAUCCACCAUGCAGAACAGUCACAGCGGCGUCAACCAGCUCGGCGGCGUGUUUGUCAACGGUCGGCCGCUGCCAGAUUCAACCCGACAGAAAAUCGUGGAACUCGCCCACAGCGGGGCUCGGCCGUGUGACAUCUCCCGAAUCCUGCAGACCCAUGCAGAUGCAAAAGUCCAAGUGCUGGACAAUCAAAACGUGUCGAAUGGCUGUGUGAGUAAAAUUCUGGGGAGGUAUUACGAAACUGGCUCCAUCCGACCGCGGGCAAUCGGAGGUAGCAAACCGAGAGUAGCGACUCCAGAAGUUGUAAGCAAAAUAGCACAGUAUAAACGGGAGUGCCCCUCCAUCUUUGCUUGGGAGAUCCGAGACAGAUUACUAUCGGAGGGGGUCUGUACCAACGAUAAUAUACCCAGCGUAUCUUCGAUCAACAGAGUCCUCCGCAACCUGGCUAGCGAAAAGCAACAGAUGGGGGCAGAUGGAAUGUAUGACAAGCUAAGGAUGCUGAACGGGCAGACCGGGACGUGGGGCACGAGGCCGGGGUGGUACCCGGGGACCUCCGUGCCAGGACAGCCAACGCAAGAUGGUUGUCCGCAACAAGAAGGAGGGGGAGAAAACACCAACUCCAUCAGUUCCAAUGGAGAAGAUUCAGACGAGGCCCAGAUGAGGCUUCAGCUGAAAAGGAAGCUGCAAAGAAAUCGGACCUCCUUCACCCAAGAACAAAUCGAAGCGCUUGAGAAAGAAUUCGAGAGAACUCACUAUCCUGAUGUGUUUGCCAGAGAGAGACUAGCUGCCAAAAUAGACUUGCCUGAAGCAAGAAUACAGGUGUGGUUUUCCAACAGGAGGGCAAAAUGGAGACGGGAAGAGAAGCUAAGGAAUCAGAGAAGACAAGCCAGCAACACACCCAGCCACAUUCCCAUCAGCAGUAGUUUUAGCACAAGUGUCUACCAACCAAUCCCGCAACCCACAACACCUGUUUCCUCUUUCACAUCAGGUUCAAUGCUGGGCAGAACAGACACCGCGCUAACAAACACAUACAGUGCUUUGCCACCCAUGCCUAGCUUCACAAUGGCUAACAACCUGCCUAUGCAACCCCCGGUACCCAGCCAGACUUCCUCUUACUCUUGCAUGCUGCCCACAAGUCCGUCAGUAAAUGGGAGGAGUUAUGAUACAUAUACCCCUCCUCACAUGCAGACACAUAUGAACAGCCAGCCAAUGGGCGCCUCUGGUGCAACUUCAACAGGUCUUAUUUCCCCUGGAGUGUCAGUUCCUGUUCAAGUUCCCGGCAGUGAACCUGAUAUGUCUCAAUAUUGGCCAAGAUUACAGUAAACCAUGUCUUGAUUUUGUAAAUGGCUCUAUGGACAACAGUUGGAGGUUGGGCUGUGUUUUCUAAAAGAAGAACGGCUUUCAGAGUACGUCUGUACUGCAACUGUGCCCUACGACAUAACACAUGGAGAAAGACUUUAACAUGGACCUUUGUAUACAUGAAGGCAUUAUAUCAGUUGGAACAAAUCUUCAUUUUGGUAUCCAAACUUUUAUUCAUUUUGAUGUAUUAUUUGUAAAUGGGCAUUUGUAUGUUAUAAUGAAAAAAGAACAAUGUAGACUGAAUGGAUGUUUGCUUUUGUGUUGGUCAUGAAGUUGUGUUUUUUAUUUUAUUUUUAAAAAAGGAAGCCAUGAUCAACAAGCUUUGCCACGAAUUAAGAGUUUUAUCAAGCUAUAUCGAAUACUUCUACCAAUCUGUUCAUAGAUUUCAGACUGAUGCUCCAAGUUUGUAUCAUUCCAUUGCAUAUAAUUCAACCUGGAACAAUACGGCAUUAGAUUUCUGUAAGAAAAAUAUCUGGUGGGAUUUCCAAAGGUUAUUAACAGAUGAUGCUUAUGUGCAAACGAAGGAUCAAGAGAGAACUUCAAAGAAGAAAAGUUUGAUAGGAAAAGGAUAGAUUGUGUCUUCGAUAUAAUCCAAUUUGUUUUAUGUCAAAAUGUAAGUAUUUGUCUUCCCUAGAAAUCUCCCAGAAUGAUUUCUAUAAUAAAGUUAAUUUCAUUUAUAUUUGACAAGAAUAUUCUAUAGAUGUUUUAUACACAUUUUCAUGCAUCAAACGUUUCUUUUUUGGUCAGCAAAAGUUAAUUGUUCUUAGCUGAAGUUGUACUACUGUUCACAGUCCAAUCAUUUUUGUGCAUCUAAAAUUCAUUCCUAAUCAAUUAAAAGUGCUUGCAAGAGUUUUAAACUUAAGUGUUUUGAAGUUGUUCACAACGACAUAUCAAAAUUAACCAUUGUUGAUUGUAAAAACCAUGCCAAAGCCUUUGUAUUUCCUUUAUUAUACUAUUUUCUUUUUAACCUUA